UGGUCAUUGUGAUUGAGUGCUUAAUGUGCGCAUGAUCAAGCUUUUUACGAAUACUUCGAAAAAGAGCGCUCUCGUCAGAUUUCAUCAUGGCGGAACAACAAAUGUUGAGAGAAUUGGAAGUAGCAUCAGAAAUUCUUCUAGCACCACCAAAUAUUGUUACCAAGGAGCAAAGGCAGUCUGCAGAGCAAAUAUUUCUUAACUUUAGGAAAACAAAGGCGCCUUACGUAUUGUGUCGACAUAUAUUGGACACUUCGCGAGUAGACUAUGUCUUGUUUGAAGCAGCAGGUCUCAUCAAAGAGACCCUCAUUCGGGACUGGAGCAUGCUUCAGGAGUCUGAUGUGCUGUCUCUUCGGCAAUACUUGCUCCAGUACGUCCUUAAUCACCUGUCAUUGGCUCCAUUUGUCAGAGAGCGAAUACUGCAAGUUAUUGCAGUUAUGGUCAAAAGAGGAAGUGUAGAUGACUUUGGGCUUGAGAGAAGCAGCAUUGUUGCUGAAAUUGAAAGUUUGAUAUUACAUGGAGAUACGGUUAAGAAAAGUCUGGGCUGCAGCAUCAUCACAGCGUUGAUGCAGGAGUAUGCAACAACAGUUAAGUCUAGUGAUGCUGGUCUCACUUGGGAAACGCAUUUCAAAGUAAAAAAACAAUUUGAGGCGUCAGACCUGAAGAGAAUUUUCAAAUUUUGCAUCACGGCCUUUUCAGAAUUGAUUAAGGCCGAAUCAGUUCUCAAUGAUCCACAAACAGUGAACCUACUGAGGAGUCUUUUGGCCAUUACAAGUUCCGUGCUCUGUUGGGGAUUCAUUUCUGCUAGUCUUCCUAAAAGAUUAAUUGGUAUCUUUGAAACGGUAUACGAAUCGGAUCAAACUCCUGCUCUACGCCUGAUUUCAUCAUGGAAGGAUAUCAUUGUUGAUGAGAAACUGAUUAGCUGCUUCUUUCAGGUCCACUGGAAAGUAAGGGAAAACACUGACCUGAGUCACUACUCUCUCAUGUGUUUGGCACAACUCGCAUCGUUAACUGGUCCUGUGGUCAGUGACAUGCAAGUCAAGUCCAGGUUCAUCUCCUGUUACAUAUCAAAUCUCAUCACAUUUCUGAAGAGCAUCAAAGUUUUGAAUACCGAGGCUUUAGGGUUUGCUCAAGUGUUCAGAAAGUUGCUUACUUUCUACUCGCCAACUCUUUUGGUCACUUUGCCAAAUGAACUAUUUCCUCAGCUUGUACAAGAGUUGCAAAGGCUGACGUGUCAUUUUGCUGAAGGUGCCGCCUAUGAAGAAACAAUCUGCUCUGAAGAUUGCCGAUUUAUCGAAGCAUUUGAGCAUUUGCUGGAAGCAUGGGUGUCUGUUUUGCAGUGCUCUCCCAUUUACCCACCAGGCUUCAUCAAAGAACCAGCUGUUCAAAUUUUUAACACUUAUCUCAAGUGUCAUUUGGCUCCUCCUGACGGUUCCAGGGGACAAGGUGGUGCCGAUCACAAUGAAGAGGAGAUCUAUGAAACUGAGGAACCUGACCGCGUCCGCUUCAAAGAGCAGCUAAUAAUCAUUGGUAUUUUCGGCAGACAAGUCUUGGAGCAUAGUCUACCAUUGGUCGCCAAACUUAUUGAGGAAAGAACUGAACGCUUACAAAGCCAGCUGCAAAGAGUGUUUGCACAAACUUACUCCAUAUCAGACUCAACUCAAACUGUUAACCUCUUUGAAGACCUGCACUGGCUGCUACUUGUGACUGGUCACUUAGUUGCUCAGGAGAGUGAAGGCGAACAAGCUCUAAUCCCAUCUGAUUUGAUGACUUACACGGUGCAGCAGUCUCAACACAUAGAUGUGCAAGCCAAUAUCAAAUUGCUAACUACCAAAGGCAUGACACCAUCUCAAUUGCAAGUUCCUCUCUCCUCUCUCGAUGGAAUGAUCAGAAUUUUGUCUGCCAUUUUGCGCUUGUGUGAGGUUGAAUCUCAAGCACUGGAGGCCAAAUUGGUGUCUGUAAUGAGUCCCGAGCUUGGUUCAACCAUUGUUUGGUUCUUAUCGCACUGGGCCAAGUCCUACUUACUACCUAUUGACACGCUUUAUACUGAGGUUAGUCCAGCCCUUGAUGCAGCUUUCAUAUCAAAUGAGUCUACUGUGCCCAACUGGGUGAUGAACCAGCUGCUAGAAAAAGUGGAGGCUAAUCUACGAUUGUGCCCAAAUGAAACUGCACUGGCGAAAGAUUCCGCCAACUUGUUACUCACGCUUGUCGAUAAACCCAAAAAGGCGGCCAAAAUUUUGAACUGUUCAGGAAUUCUGACUGUGGCUAGGUUCCUGCACAAUGCACCAAGGUGCCAACCAGCCAGGAGAGAACUUACCAGAGGAGUAACAUUGGCUGCAGCUGGAGAACCAAAUCAGACAAAGCGGCUUGAGUACCUUCAGCAGGUUUUGUCUCCGUUCGUUGACAGAGCCACUGAAAUCAUGUCCAGUACAAAUUUCAAGAAAGAGUGCCAUGAGGAAUCAGUCAGACUCGAGUUGAUCGACCUUCUUGAGUGUUUUACUGGUUCUAUCCAAGCCAGUAGCAGUUCCUCAGCUGGGUGCAUUUUACAGAUUUUAAAUCCUGUCAUUGGAAGAUUGCCUGAGUUGUUGAGCUGCUACAGCAAUUACAGUUUACUUGUGGAGCUGAUACUUGAAUUCCUCACAGAAUCAGCCAAGCGAACACUGUGGUGCUUGGAAGAAGACAGCCAAAAUGUUCAAUUUCUCUACAAGGUGUUUUUAAAUGUGAUGCAAGCUUAUGCAAGAGAAAAUAUUGGAAGGAAGAGUGCCAGCAGCAUAAUUAGCGAAGAAGAUUCCUGCAGAGAUUUACUCUUGAUACUGGAGCUCCUUACUUCCAUCGCUUCUAAAAAUUUCCUUGAAAAAAUCAGCCUUGACGAAAGUGUUGAAACUGUGAAAGCAGUCGACAUCUGCAUCUUUGGCACUGAAGUCAUUGCGCCAUUGCUUACAACUGAAUUACUUCAGUUCCCGCAAUUUUGCUUGAAAUUCUACGCAAUGGUGACUUUCACCGCAGAAGCUUACCCUGAGAGAAUGUCAACUGUUCCUGACAGCUUGUUAGUGCCCAUCAUGACGGCCAUCAACCUUGGUCUUACCGCCUAUGGACCAGAAGUGUGUUCACAAUGUUGUGACUUCAUUGGGUCUAUGUCACUGCACCUAUCAUCUCACCCAGAACUUGUUAACACUAGCUUUGGCAACUAUAUGCACGACUUCCUCAAGCGUAUGUUCCACCUCAUUAUCACAUGCCAGAUGAACUCGGAUUGCCUUAUGAAUGCCAGCAAAAGCCUGUUUCACUUGAUUUGCUGUUUCCAGCAAUCUUACCAUCAACUGGUGAGCGAAAUCCUGUCUGUGCAAACAGAGGAUGUUGCGAGAGAGCGAUUGACCAAUGCAUUUGGAGAGCUCACCACAGAGUUAAAUCUCACACCAGACAGAGCAAACUUACUCAAAUUCCGUGACAACUUUGAAAAGUUUGUGGCGAACGUGCAUGGAUUCCUUCUGGUCAAGUAGCUAAAUUUUACCUUGUUUCUACCAGAGAGUCCACUAUUUUUGCAGUUUGCUAUAUAUGCACACUUUGACUUUUGACUGAUGGAAACACUACCUGAUAUAUCUUCCUUGUUGAGCCAGGCAUUUUUAUUAUUGACAAAAUUCAUUUUAUUUGCCUCUUACAUUACUUAUGAAAUCUGGGCUUGCGGUUGGUUAAAUUUUUGCUUUUUUGUGACGUGUAAUACUAAAAAAUUUGAUCACUUAAUUGUGAGCUUGAGCUUUUUAACGGAUUGUCUGAACGCAAGUUGAACUAUUUUUCUGGCUCUUAUUUCACCUAAAAUCAGAUGCACCCAUUGCUGUUGGUCUCCAUAAAGUAGAGGUGCUUACUCUUCACUGCAAUUAAAAAGUUAAACGUUUACAGCCCACUUUUAAUUGUUUGGUUACUCAGCAAUAUGUUACAAAUGUGGGCAUUAACUAUGACAUGACAAUAAUGAUGGUGGAAUUGUAUGUUUCUGUUUUGAAUUAAAUUAAAUUAAAAGAAAAAAAAUAAGAACCAGUAAGGAAGAUAAAUCUUUGAAUAUCAGUUUUGGUCUGUUAAUAUUUGAGAGUGGCAUGGACAAGAUGACAAGAUAUUCUUUUAAUUUACAUGCUUAAUUGGCCAAAUCCACGCUGAUGUUUGUGCUAACAUUUUGCUGUGUUGUUGUCAUUGUGUGACAAACUAUUUUUCAAAUACAGUACUGAAAGAUAA